ACGGGUAUUUAGUUUUGGAAAUACGCGAUUUGUACUAGCGCGAGGUGGAAGUAUAUGCCAUGGCUGGUAAAAGACAAGCAACUUCAGAUUUGAAUCACGACAACUGGGAUCGUGACGAGGAGCCAGAGGAACGUGGAACCUUCAAGACUGCCAAUGAGAAUGAACUGAAAACUCGUGUUAUCAAAAAAGCGGCCAGACGUAGAGUAGCCGGUGCCGAUGCCGCUGAUGGUGGUUCAGCCACCAAGAGCAUUUUCAGUGGUUUCUCUGGUUUUGGAAAACCACCCGCCUCAACAGCAACAAGCGCAGGAGCUUCGCCCUUUUCAUUUCUUUCGAAAAUACCAGCUGCUAAUACGGGCGCUGAAGCUGCAAAACCUGCAGCAGCAACAUUUUCAUUUGGCUCUAGCAACACCAUCGCCACCACAGCAUCUAAUACUAAGGACACUAAGGAUAACACUUCUAACAAUGCGGAAACAACUUCGGAAUACUAUGGCAAACUAAAGGGUCUUAAUCAAGCAGUCAGUGAAUGGAUCAAAACGCAUGUGGACAAAAAUCCUUUGUGUAUACUAACCCCGAUUUUCAAAGACUACGAGAAAUAUUUGGCCGAGCUAGAGAAGGAGAAGACAAAGACAACUGAUAAGGGUAGUACAAAUGCCACAAACGACACCAAAUUGUCCAGCACAAGCACUUCGUCAGCUGGCAUGGGAACUUUUAAGUUUUCCGAUACCAGUUCUGCAGCAAAACCAACCACAGCGCCAACAUUUUCCUUUAACUCCGGUGCGUCUAGUUCCAACGAAUCCGCGGCCAAAACAAAUGGCUUUAGUUUUGGUUUGAAAAAGCCCGAGGAAUCACCAGCAAAGGACGCCAAAGCAGCAACCAGUACUUUCUCUUUUGGUCUGAAGACGAGCACGGAGAGCGGUGCAACAACCAGUUCAUCUACGACCACCACAGCAAGCACAGGUUUUACAUUUGGCAAACCAGCCACUACAAGUACGACUGAAGGUUCAACAUCGGCAGCGGCACCUAAACCAUUUUCAUUCACCCCUGGCGGCACACCAUUUUCUUUUGCCAAUAUAAAACCACCGGAGGCUCCUGCUGCCUCCACUGAAAACGAUGAAGAAGAUGAAGAACCUCCCAAAAAUGAAUUCAAACAGGUGGUAGAAGAAGAUGCCGUCUACUCCAAGAAGUGCAAAGUCUACGUCAAAAAGGAUGGCAAUUUCGUGGACAAAGGUGUGGGCACUCUCUAUUUGAAGCCAGUCGAGUCGAGUGAAAAAACCCAGUUGAUUGUACGAGCCGACACAAAUUUGGGCAAUAUUUUGGUCAAUUUAAUUUUGAGCUCCGCCAUUCCGGCCCAGCGUAUGGGUAAGAAUAAUGUCAUGAUGGUUUGCAUACCAACUCCUGAGGUGGAGAAACCCACACCAAUGUUGCUGCGUGUCAAGAGCGGCGAUGAGGCUGAUGAAUUAUUGGCUAACAUUGAAAAAUAUAAGAAAUAAAAACUGAAAUUCAUUAAGAGAAGGAUGAAUGCAGGAUCCUGCGAAGAGCUGCAAACGAGAAGACACCAUUUGAUUAUCUUCCUUCCGGGGAAACACACAGUUUUUUAUGUUAUGCGUACUGCACACAAGAGAGAAUAAAUUUCAAAGUUAAAAAUUAAACACAAAAGUGCCAUUUUCUGAAUAUGGCCGAAA